AUGGCGACGUUUCCAUUGAUUCAGCGUGCACGAACCACAAUGCUUUCUUCCUCUUUUUCAUUCAAGCUACGAACAAAUUACGUCUAUGGCAACUACUUCUUCAAAACCUUGAGUACCUCUGCUCUUCCAAACGAGUACGGUAGAUUCCCUCAUCAACCUCAGCAACAACCCUCUGAUCGCAACACACCCUUUCAUCCUCCUCAACACUUCAAUCAUCAUAAUCAAUUUCCUCACGAUAAUCAUAAUGCCCAACAGGGUCGAUUUCCUCCUCAACAGGCUUGGAACCCUCAAAAUCGACCACCACCACCACCUCAUCAUCAAAACCCUAACUUCCGGCCGCAGCCACCUCCUCAAAACCCUAACUUUCGGCAACCCACUCCUCAAAACCCUAACUUUCAGUCACCAAGCAGUCCCAAUCAAUGGAACAACCAGAAUCAGUGGAACUCCCAAAAUGGGCACCCCAACCAAUUUCAAAACCCUAACAACCAAUUCCAAAACCCUAAUCAGUUGAACGAACGAGGUUCUGUUCAAGAACAAGCUCUGCCUCCUUCAAUUGUUGACUUGACACGUUUUUGCAGUGAGGGGAAGGUUAAAGAGGCGCUUGAAUUGAUGGAAAAAGGUGUCAAAGCUGAUGCCAAUUGCUUUGAGCUUCUGUUUGAUUUGUGCGGUAAGUCGAAGUCUGUCGAGGAUGCUAAGAAAGUCCAUGAUUACUUUUUGCAAUCUACUUUUAGGAGUGAUUUCAAGUUGCAUAACAAGGUGAUUGAGAUGUUUGGGAAUUGUAAAAGUAUGACUGAUGCACGAAGAGUGUUUGAUCAUAUGCCCAACAGAAAUAUGGAUUCUUGGCAUAUGAUGAUUCGGGGUUAUGCCAAUAGUACAAUGGGAGAUGAUGGUUUGCAGUUAUUUGAGCAGAUGAAUGAUCUGGGUUUGGAGAUAACCUCAGAGACUUUGCUUGCUGUGUUAUCGGCUUGUGCUAGUGCAGAGGCUGUGGAGGAUGCUUACCUACAUUUUGAAACCAUGAAAAGCAAGUAUGGAAUUGAACCAGGGGUCGAACAUUACAUGGGGCUUUUGGAUGUUCUUGGACAAUCUGGAUACCUUGAAGAAGCCGGGGAGUUUAUUAAGAAUUUGCCAUUUGAGCCUACGGUCACUGUAUUGGAGACCCUCAAGAGUUUUGCUCGACUUCAUGGAGAUAUUGAUCUUGAAGACCAUGUUGAAGAGUUGAUAGUUAGUCUUGACCCAUCAAAGGUUGUCGCCAAUAAGAUCCCCACCCCGCCUCCCAAAAAAUAUACUGCAAUCAGCAUGCUGGAUGGCAAGAACAGAAUCAUAGAGUAUAAGAACCCUACUCUUUACAAAGAUGAUGAGAAGUUGAAGGCUUUGAGCAGUAUGAAAGACGCCGGAUAUGUUCCUGAUACAAGAUAUGUUCUUCACGACAUUGAUCAGGAAGCAAAGGAGCAGGCUUUGCUUUACCACAGUGAGCGUCUAGCAAUUGCGUAUGGUCUUAUUAGUACUCCACCUAGAACACCUCUUAGGAUUAUCAAGAACCUUCGUGUCUGUGGUGAUUGCCACAAUGCCAUCAAGAUCAUGUCUAGGAUUGUAGGGAGGGAACUGAUUGUCAGAGAUAACAAAAGAUUUCAUCAUUUCAAGGAUGGUAAAUGCUCUUGUGGGGAUUACUGGUGA